GAAGAAGUUCGUCAAUGGUUUAAGUCAGGUGACUGCAUUUCCUGUAUUUCAGUGUGAACGUUUGGUGGAGACAUGUUUUAUGGAAAUGUUGGUAAAUAUGGGCCAUUGGAGACGGUUAUGUCCUUCGACUGAUCUUUUUCACCCGAACUUCUUUAUCCUGGUUCUGUUCUGCGUAGUUUGGCCCGCAGCAGAUGCGUUCAAGACGCCAUCGCCGAUCGACGUUGUGAUCGACCAUUCAAGGGUGAACUGGAACUCAACAGCGAGUGACGUGACGUUUACUGUCGAGUUUCACGACUUUGAGUCUGAUUGGACGCCCAUAGAGACGUGCAGAGAGACGCGCUUCACUUCCUGUGAUUUGACUUUGGAGGAAAGCGACAGCUGCAUUCGGCAUCGUGUUACAGCUCGGAGAAACGGGGUUCAAUCUGAGCCUGUGGAGGCCUGCAGCAGAGACGGCCAUGCGUGCUCGCCGAACUUCACUCUGACCGCAGCGCCCGAAUCCCUCAGAGUCAAUCUGAAGAGAAACCACAAUCUGCAUUAUGAGCAUGCAGACAUCCUGAAAUAUCGGAUCUACUUUUGGAAAAAAGGAGAGCAACUGAAGAAUCACAGAGUCACCUUGUCGACAGAGUUAAUCGGUGGUUUGGAAGUGGGUGAGACGUACUGUGUGAUGGUGCAGUUUGCUCUUCACUGGAAGCCAUACGGUCCAUCCAGCUGUAUGCAGUGUGAAACCAUCCCUAGCUCCAGUGGAUCAAAACAGACACAGAUCAUCGUCAUCUGCUUUGUCGUUUUGUCGACCGUUCUAUUAGUUGUUUUCGCCUACGUCCGCCUCUUCAAAUUCAAGAAAAUCAAAGAGAUCCUCCAACCUCCGUACACGAUCCCACCGACUUUCAAAGAGGAGCUUCCGGGGCGCAACUACCCGUUCGUGGCCGUGGGUCUCUCUGAGGAACAUUACGACGUUGUUUCCGAUUUAACUCCAAAUCAGCCCAGAGGAGUCUGACCUUCACUUCCUGCUGAGGAUGAAAACUUUACAAAUCUUCUUCUUUCAUGGAGCAGCGCUCCUAUCUAAGUCCUGGCAGGUGAAACUGUUCUAGUCCAGAAAAUGGAGGAGGAUCUGUUAAAAACAGGCCUCAACCAGCAGCUGUUUUCACUUUUUAGUGUUUAUUUCUGUUAAAUACUGAAGAUUAGCUGGACUGCUGCUUCCCCAGAUUCAUCAGCAGAUGGACCAAAGGUGGGUAGAGGAGCCAGAAACUGUAUCAAAGUAAGAGUAGCACUGCUUAAAAAUAUUUUUACUCAAGUAAAAGUAAAAAGUAGCCAUCCAAGAAAUGACUCAAGUAAGAGUAAAUAAGUAUUUAAUAAAAAGGCUUCUAAGUAACUGAUCAGAAUAUCUGAUUUAAUUGGAAAUGGAUGAAUCAGUCAAAAUGUUUAAAAAAAAACACUCUAGUUCUGAAAUUUUAAGGACUCGGAUAAAAAGACAGAGUAAAAAAUAAAUUUAAGCAAAUGAAACAUUUUACAAAAUAUAUUUUUCUAUUUAAAACUACUUCUAAAAGUAAUUUUUUUCUAAAAGGUUGCUCUAACUAGUUUCUACCCACCUGUGAUCCUGACAGAAAUCCUCACCAGUUAAAGUCCAGUCAACCCAGUAAGAAUCUAAUCAACUCCCUGAUUUUUAUAUUUAUAAAAUUAAGUUGUUUUUUCCUCUGAAUGUCCCAAAGUGAGUCGGACCGGACCGUUAACGGUUCUUUGUUUUUACUCGGUGGUUUUAAUGUUUUUGGCUAAUAGCUGUGCUUGCUAACAGUUUUAUUAGCCAGAGAGCAAUCACUGAAACUUCCUCUAAAG